AUGGCGCCGUCAGCUAUCUGCUUGAGAACAUGUAGCAGGGUCAACAACAAGGCGUUCGGCCUCGAUGAGGUUCUAAGAAUCAUCGCCACGGUGCUCUCGGUUGCGCACAUGACAGCAUCUCACAUGCGUGCUAACGAGAACGAGAUCUACGAAACCGAAAGAUCAGAUAUGAACUAUGCCUAUAUGAGGUUCCACAUCAAGGACAUACGGUGGAAUGACCACGAGUUGUCGUGCAUCUGGAUGUACAUCAUCAAUGUGCUUUGCAACCCGAUUAUCGCCGUCUUUCAAAUGUCAGUCUUCAUAUUCAUUCUGGGACCGGGCAGCUACAAUACCAUCGACAUCAUCAACCUGUAUAUGAUUAUCGGUUGCCUCAGUCGCCACGUUGCUUUAUCGUUUCCCGGCACUUGCGUCACCCAACCAGCCUACUACGCUGCGAGGACGGACCUGAAUCUUCUCGCAGAUCUGGUCGUCUUAAUUGGACUGAUCUGGACCUUUUGGUACCUGGUGUUGAACAAGGUGCGUGAUGCGGUGUCUAAGACAUAG